GGGUCUACAAGCGGACACCGAGGAUGCUCGAAGAUCCAUCAUCAACAAGCGAGGCUUUAUUUCAAAUUUAACGCAUUCAAAUAGCUUUUUAAAAACAAAUAACUUCCGCUUCAGUUGGCUUUCUCAAUGGACUUAGUGAGGGUAGGGAAAGGAGAGUGGAAACAGUCGUCUUUGUCUGACAAAUCACAAUCGAUUUCCAGUGUACAGCAAUACGAACCGGCGAAUGUCUAUAUUUCUUCAAAAUACCAAGAUUCAGCACGUUAUUCAGGUUUUAAAUAACCGUCGCGGACCCCUUCUGAAUGUGGAUUAAUCACAAAGACUCUGACGUCAUUUGUGUUUAUAUUUUGUUGCUGACAUCAGCGGGAUAAUGUGGUUUGAUGUAAACAGUCGCUGAUAAUCAAUUAUCUCGCAUAAGAGUGCAGCUAAUAAUGGUAAUGAGUUAAAUCUCCGUCACAGUCGAUAAACAAAGAAACAUAAGAACGGUUGUAGCAACAGACAAACAGCCGGUAGAUGUUUUUGUCCCUCGUCGUUUACCUUAGCCAGAUUUGCCGUUAUCUCUCCAUGUUUAGCUCCGACAGGCUCACGGUUCCCGAAUAUGUCAGUAGUCGGCUGCACAACCGGAGGACGGCCUCCGACCCCAGGGCUGUGUCUCCGGGGAUCAGCACCGACGUCCAGGCCGUGUUGGACGGCUCUCUCCCAGCGUUGCGCUCUGCAAUUAGAACGCUAAGGUCUUCCAAAGACACGGGGGACUUGGAGGAGACCCGCCGGGCCAUUGCUGAGACUUUCCAGCUGGUUGAGGAGGCCUGGGUCUUGCCCACAGUGGGCCGCCAGGUAGCGGAGGAGAUCUGCAACAGAAUCCGUCUGGAUGGCGGUUUGGAGCUGCUCUUGCAGUUGAUGCAGACUCCUGCUGUGGAAAUCACAUACGAGUCUGCCAAACUGCUUGAGCAGAUACUGGUGUCAGAAAACAGGGAUUAUGUGGCACGCAUGGGGCUCGGCGUCAUCCUGAACCUGACCCGUGAGCAGGAGGAUGCCCAGCUGGCACGGAGUGUGUCGGGCAUCCUUGAGCACAUGUUUAAACACACAGAGGAAACAUCUGCACAGCUCAUCACCAACGGGGCGCUGGACACCCUCCUGUACUGGUGCCGUGGCACAGACCCCACUGUUCUGCGACACUGUGCUGUCGCCCUGUCAAAUUGUGCCAUGUACGGCGGCCACCGCUGCCAGCGUCUGAUGAUCGAGAAGCAGGCGGCAGAAUGGCUGUUUCCUCUGGCGUUCUCCAAAGAGGACGAGCUUAUCCGCUUUCAUGCCUGUCUGGCUGUGGCUGUGCUGGCUGCUAAUAGAGAGAUGGAGAAAGAAGUGGUGAAGUCUGGCACUCUGGAGCUAGUGGAGCCCUUCAUUGCGUCGUUAGACCCGGAUGAGUUCGCACGUAACAUGCUGGACAGCGCAGACAGCAUGCAGGGCAGAACGGCUGCAGAUCUGCAACACCUAUUGCCCUUGCUGGACGGCACACGUCUAGAGGGAAAAUGCAUUGCUGCUUUUUACCUGUGUGUGGAGACUAGCAUCAAAUCACGACAACGUAAUACCAAGAUAUUUCAGGAGAUUGGUGCUGUACAGAGUCUAAAGAGGAUCGUCAUGUACUCCAGUAAUGCCACCGUCUGCUCUCUGGCUAAGCGGGCCUUAAAAAUGAUGAGUGAGGACGUCCCGAGGCGCAUCCUGUCAUCUGUACCCAACUGGAAGAGUGGAGAGGUGCAGACCUGGCUGCAGCAGAUCGGCUUCAGUGCAUUUUCUGAACGCUUUCAGGAACUGCAGGUGGAUGGAGAUUUGCUGCUCAAUAUCACGGAACUGGAUCUGAUCCAGGAUCUGGGCAUGACGUCUGGGCUCACUCGCAAGAGGUUUCUUCGAGAUCUACGUGUGCUGAAAACCUACGCCAACUACUCCACAUGUGACCCCAAUAACCUGGCAGACUGGCUGGCUGAUGCAGACCCACGGUUCCGCCAGUACACCUACGGCCUGGUUCAGUCAGGAGUUGAUCGAAACAAUAUCGUCCACAUCACAGACCAACAGCUGCUUACUGACUGCCAUGUAGAGAAUGGCAUCCAUCGUGCCAAGAUCCUUUCUGCUGCCCGACGCCCAUCUAAACCCUGCUUAACUGAUUCCCAGCCUAGGGGCCCUGAUGUGUUCAUCAGUUACCGGCGCACUACGGGUUCACAGCUUGCCAGCUUGCUGAAGGUGCACUUACAGUUACGUGGCUUCAGUGUCUUCAUCGACGUGGAGAAGCUGGAAGCAGGCAGAUUCGAGGAGAAGCUGAUCACGAGCGUCCAGAGAGCACGCAACUUCAUUUUAGUGCUGUCAGCCAACGCUUUAGACAAAUGCAUGGGUGACGUGGCUAUGAAGGACUGGGUUCACAAGGAGAUCGUCACCGCUCUUAAUGGAAAGAAGAACAUUGUUCCUGUAACUGAUAACUUUGUGUGGCCUGAUCCGACCUCUCUGCCGGAGGACAUGAGCACCAUUCUCAAAUUUAAUGGCAUUAAGUGGUCCCAUGAGUACCAAGAAGCCACAAUAGAAAAGAUUCUGCGCUUUCUCGAGGGAUGCCCAAGUCAAGAGAAACCAGAUGGGGCAAAAACGGACAAAAAAGAGCCACAAAAGAAGUAGAACACUAGUUCAAAGGCCUUUUAUCGCCUGUAAUAAGUAGCUGUUCCAAAUAAUUGCGCCACAACACAACUGUUUACCCCUCAGAGGCCAGUGUUUCCUUCAUAUUCUUAAUAUACGCAUGUAGCUGGUCUAAUUCCUCUGGGGUUUUAUUUUGGCAAAAGACAGUGUAAUUUACAUUGAGAUACAAUAGAGCUUUAAAGGUUUAACAAAAUAGCAACAUUUUGUUGAGAUUUCACUGGUAAGAAAAAAAAAUCUUCGCUUCCAUUGUGUGGAUUCCUAUUGAAAGUACUGGAUUUUGUCUGUGAAAAUUCACCAAACAACAGUAAGUAUGACCACACUUUAAUUAGAUUGUUUGUAUAAAAAUGAAAAUGCUGUAAUUUACUCACGAUGAUUUGAAGAAUGUUGGGAACCACUAGCCGUUAACAUCUAUAGUGUUUAUUUUUCCUAUUAUGGAAUAGGGUAUAUGCCGAGCUAGUGCGUUUCCCAUACUGAUAAACUUCCGGUGACCUGUUAUUGUGAGUUUUUUCCAUUUUAAACAGUUCUUUUACAGCAUAGAUGUUGUAAUACAAUUCAAAUACAAUCAUUUAAACAGACUUUGGCAUUCAUUUAGUUGCUCAAGCGUAAAACGAGACAAAAAGCCGUUUGCUCGCACGCGCCCGUCAGAAUCGGCAGGCUAGCGCAGAAGCUCCAUUGAAUACACUGGGGUAAAAUAAUGCUCAUAUUAUAAAGACUAUGGCGGCAAAUUUUUUAUUUAAUGCAGUGCUUCUUGUACAAUCUGAGACCCACUUUAUAUCGUAUAUCACUUAGCCAGUGGAGAUCGCUGAAUUUUAAAGAAAACAGACCUUAAAUGCGCCGAUUUUGCAUUGGCAUACACUUCACCGGAAACGAUUAACCCAGGUUACUGGCAAAUUAAAAGUCCUAUUAGCAUGCUUCGGCAUAUACCCCAUGGCUACCGUAGACAACAUUCUUCAAAAUAUCUUCGUUUGUGUUCAACAGAAAAAGAACGUUUUGGGAACCAUUUGAGGCAGAGUAAGUGAUCAUUUUCAUUUUUGGAGUGAACUAUCCUAUUAAUGAACAUUUUGAGUAAGUGUAAGUGGACAGCAUAAGUGGCUCUAAAUAACACCGAAAAUACAUCAGCUGAGCUAUAAUAAUAAUUAAUAAUCAUAUAAACUUUGCUCCAAGAAUUGUGGGCGAUUUCUAUUACUCAGGAUUUAUUGUAUUUAUGACAUCAGCAUAAAGCUAAGCAUAGUCAAUCCACUGUUGUGUACUAAAUAGUCUUGCAUUUUAGCAUUAAUAGAUAAACUUUUGGAACAAUAAACAUAAUUUUUUUACAUUUUCUUCAGUAGGCCCUUCAUGACUAACAACUUCAUGUUGUUAUAUUAAAUCUCCUGCAUCAUUAACAAGUUUUCACUUCUGACAAAUGUCACAGCAGAACUCACAUUAAAUCAUUGUGGUUAUUAAUCUCCUCAUGCAGUAUUAAAUUCAAAACACUGCUUUAGAGGCAUAGAAAAUACUAUACAGCUACUUUGAGUCACAGAUACGUUUUCAGCCACUGUGAGGAUGCAAGUGGUCGAGGAAAAUGCAUUUAUGAACACUUCAAGCUUUAUCCUGCUGUUAAACUCUCUACUGAUGCCUUAUGAUGUUCGUCUUUCAGGUGUAAUACAGUGCGUCAAACCUGUAUGAAAUAAUGUCCCUUUUUUCAGAAUUAAACAGCAAUAAAGCUCGUUUCG